AUGGAUACAAGCUCAACCCCAGUGGUUGAAGCCAAUACCGAAGCUAAGUUGAAUGAGGAUGUAACGGAUCACGACAAGCCAAUAAGCAUAUCGGAAUCAACUGAUACCUGGAAUAAGGUCGAGACACAUGAAAGUGACAACAAAACGGAGAAAGAAAAUGGAAAGACUAGUGAUUCAUUAGCAGACACAACGGAAGCUAAACUCGAGGAGGGCACAGCCAAUGCUAUAGAAUUUCAAAACAAUGUAAUACAUUCAACGAUUGACGAGUUAAAAGGAGAGGCAACAACAGAGUUGUCGUCCAACAAUGCAAGUCAACUCUACAACGAAGACAAUGAUGAUGAUGGCUUUGACGAUUUUGAUGAAUUUGCAGCAGCAGAGCCCAAUACCCACAAAGAGGAGGAGCACGAGUUUGACGAUUUUGGUGAUUUUGACGAGUUUGAGACUGUCAAUGAAGAAACUACUAUCCAGCGUUCUCAACCAAACACAGAUCCUGCUUUUCCUGACUCUUGUUUCUCUAACAAGAUUGAAUUUGAAUCACGAUUAUCGAAACUCUUGUCAAAGUUAUUCAUCACUAAUGAAGGAUCCGCCACUGCACGCGCAACAUCGACAUCUUCUUUUGAAUCACCAACUGAUACCACUGUUGAUAAACCCACUGAAUCAUUACUCAAUGAUCGAUCGAGAACUAUAUACAAGCAAAUCUCAACGAUGCCGUAUCUACAUCCACCAAAUUGGAUACGACUGGAUAUAAGACACAAUUUAUUGAUUAAGUUGGGGAUACCGAUAAACCUCGAUGAAUUGAAUGCAAAUAAUCCAGGCAUCACCACAACCACCAGUAUGCAUCAAGGCACCAAUACAUCUUUAAAUACUAUACACUCCUCCACCGACACCAAUCCACAAAAUCACUUGUCUGUUCCAUCACAACCUCAACGAUCAAGAAAAAAAUCCAUUAGUGAACAAGAUAUAAACUGGUCCGAUUUCACGAUUCCAGAAUUUGAUUCAUUAAAAUUAACUAAUGAUCAACUACACCAAAUCCUAUCAAGUACUAAUGGCACCAUUUCUAAAAUUGAAUAUGACUUGAUGGAAAAUACAUCAAGACAAUUUUUACACGAUGUCAAACUGGAUGAUGUACUUGAUGCCAAAUUGACCCAAUUGAGCAAUAAUCAUCAAGAGUUGUUGAAAUUGAGUUCAAUUUGGCAGCAUCAGUUGCAUGAGUUGCGUAAAGACUAUGAAAUUUAUGAACAAGUAGUGCAGAGUUGUAUUGGUUAUUCACAAAAAUUGCGUCGUGAAGAGAUUUUGGAAAAUUUAAAAAAGAUGAGGAAACAUUCAUCAGUGAAUGCAUCAUCGUCAGCUUUUUCUUCAUCUUCUUCAUCUGCUUCUGCUUCGAAGCAAAAGAAAAAGUUUUGGAAGAAGUAG